AAAGUCGAAGUCAGUCAGUCAUUCUUUUCCAUUUCGGCAGCAGCAGCAGCAGCAGCAGCUUCACAUAUUCUAUAUAUUCUAACGUCUGCCUGCUCCGGUUUUUCGCAAUUUCUGCACCAUAUCCACUCUAUACGUUUUGUUUGGAUAGCGGAGGACGUAUUUCUUUCGUGUGAGUUAGUUCAUUUUUUGUGGAGGCAGUUUCAUCGGUUCUGGAGAUGGCGAAGGAGAAGGGGAAGGGGAAGGAGAGGUAUAUUGUGGAGGUGGAGCCUUCGAAGCCUUCCAGGGAUGGAAGGCCGUCGAUCGGACCGGUGUACCGUAGUGUAUUUGCGAAAGACGGUGUUCCUGACCAGAUUCCGGGGCUCGACAGUUGUUGGGAUAUUUUCCGUUUGUCUGUAGAGAAGAAUCCCCACAACAAAAUGCUUGGUCAUCGAGAAAUUGUCGAUGGGAAGGCUGGAAAAUACGUAUGGUUGACAUACAAAGAAGUGUAUGACAUAGUACUGAAAGUUGGUAACUCAAUCCGUAGUUGUGGCAUUGAUGAAGGUGGGCGAUGUGGAAUCUAUGGAGCUAAUUCUACUGAGUGGAUUAUAAGUAUGGAGGCGUGUAAUGCUCAUGGACUCUAUUGUGUCCCAUUGUAUGACACAUUGGGUGCUGGGGCUGUUGAGUUCAUUAUAUGCCAUUCAGAAGUUACACUUGCUUUUGUAGAAGAGAAAAAGAUUCCUGAGCUACUUAAGACAUUUCCUGGUGCAGCAAAGCAUUUGAAAACAAUUGUGAGCUUUGGGAAAGUAACUGCUCCUCAGAAGGAUGAAUUUGAGAAGUUUGGUGUGGCUAUUUAUUCUUGGGUUGAAUUUUUGUCUCUGGGUGAAAAUAAAAGUUUUGAUCUUCCAGUAAAAAGGAAAACUGACAUUUGCACAAUCAUGUAUACUAGUGGAACCACUGGGGACCCGAAGGGAGUCAUGAUUUCAAACAAAAGCAUUGUUACAUUAAUAGCUGGUGCGAACCGUUUGUUGGGGAGCGUUAAUGAGCCGGUAACAGCAAAUGAUGUGUAUCUGUCAUAUCUUCCUUUGGCACAUAUCUUCGACCGUAUCAUUGAGGAGUUGUUUAUCCAUCACGGAGGGUCAAUUGGAUUUUGGCGUGGGGAUGUCAAGUUAUUGGUUGAAGACAUUGCAGAGCUGAAACCAACUGUAUUCUGUGCAGUUCCUCGUGUCUUGGAUAGAAUUUAUUCAGGUUUGCAGCAGAAGAUUUCUGCAGGGGGUUUCAUUAAGCACACCAUGUUCAACCUUGCAUAUUCUUUAAAACUACGGAGCAUGAGGAAGGGCUCUAAGCAUGCAGAGGCUUCUCCACUCUGUGAUAAGAUUGUUUUCAAUAAGGUAAAACAAGGCUUAGGGGGCAAAGUGAGGCUUAUUCUAUCUGGAGCAGCACCACUUGCUUCCCAUGUGGAAGAAUUCUUGAGAGUUGUAUCAUGUUGUUAUGUUCUUCAGGGAUAUGGCUUGACCGAAACUUGUGCUGGCACAUUUGUUUCAAUACCUGAUGAGCUGAAGAUGCUGGGUACUGUGGGUCCUCCAGUGCCCUAUGUGGAUGUUUGCCUGGAAUCUGUUCCAGAAAUGGGUUAUGAUGCACACUCAGAAACGCCACGGGGAGAAGUAUGUAUUAGGGGAGAUAUUUUAUUCUCUGGGUACUACAAGCGUGAGGACCUUACGAAAGAAGUCUUUAUUGAUGGAUGGUUUCACACAGGUGAUAUUGGGGAAUGGCAACCGGAGGGAAGCUUGAAAAUUAUUGAUCGUAAGAAGAACAUCUUCAAACUAUCACAGGGAGAAUACGUUGCAGUAGAGAACUUGGAAAAUAUCUAUGGUCUAGUUCCAGAUAUUGACUCGAUAUGGGUUUAUGGGAACAGCUUUGAGUCUUUCCUGGUUGCUGUCAUCAACCCGAGUCAGCAAGCAGUGGAGCAAUGGGCUGAACAGAAUGGUGUAUCUGGGGACUACAAUGCCCUCUGUGAAAAUCCUAGAGUCAAAGAGUAUUUCCUUGCAGAGCUAACAAAAAUUGGAAAAGAGAAGAAGUUGAAAGGUUUUGAAUUCAUUAAAGGGGUGCACCUUGAUCCAGUCCCAUUUGACAUGGAACGAGACCUGAUCACGCCGACAUUCAAGAAGAAAAGACCCCAGCUGCUCAAGUACUACCAGGGCGUGAUCAAUGAAAUGUACAAGAGUGGGAAAUGAUCAAAACCUCUUCCAUUGCCACACUAUUGCUGAUCAUGGGCAAACUAAGGUUACACUUUCAAACCAGAACCUAAGACAAAAUCUUGAAUUUGUGUCCUGUAUGUAUGUAUGUAUGUAUAUAUACACACACACACUCCCCACACUAUUUUAUAUGUAACUAUUAUGAUCAUGAUUAUUAUUAUUAUUUGAACCAUUCAAUCAUAGCCGUCCGUUGUGCGA